CUUGCCUGUUCACAGUGUCCAACAUCCUUCAUCUGCUCAAGCUUGCGGCAGUGAUCAGUCUUUGACAAUCCGUCAAGACUUAUACAGAAUCAAAUAAGCAAGCCCUUCCACGACCCCGUCAUUAGACGAAGACCCAUUCGAUCCUCAACCAAACCAGCUACCAAGAUGUCAGACAAACUACCCGCCGUGCUUCAAGCUACGGAAGAAGACAUCCAACUUCUCCUAGCUGCUCAAUGUCAUUUGGGUACGAAGAACUGUGACAAGACGAUGGAACCCUAUGUUCAUAAGAGACGUGCAGACGGAAUUCACGUCAUCAACAUUGGCAAAACCUGGGAGAAACUUGUCUUUGCCGCCCGUAUCCUCGCUACUAUCGACAACCCCAAUGACGUCUGUGUCAUUUCCGCUCGUCCUUACGGUCACCGUGCUGUGCUCAAGUAUGCGGCCUUCACCGGUGCCCAAGCCAUCGCUGGGAGAUUCACCCCUGGUAACUUUACCAAUUACAUCACAAGGAGUUUCAAGGAGCCUAGGGUGAUUGUGGUGACGGACCCAAGGGUGGAUCAUCAGGCUAUCCGUGAGGCGGCAUAUGUGAACAUUCCCGUCAUUGCGUUCUGCGAUACCGACGUUUCCCUCAAAUUCGUCGACGUGGCUAUCCCCACCAACAACAAAUCCCGUCACUCCAUCGGCCUCAUGUGGUAUCUGCUCUGUCGUGAGACUCUCCGUCUGCGAGGUACUGUGCCCCGUGGUCCUACCGGCCCCACAGGAUGGGAUGUGUUGCCCGAUUUGUUCUUCUACCGUGACCCUGAGGAGGUUGAACGUGAGGCGGCGGAGAAGGCUGCUGCUGCCGCUGGUGAGGGAGAGGAGGGUGCUGGGGCUGCUGACGUGACGGCUGCGAUGAGGAGUGAAUGGGAUGCUGGUGUGGCGGCGGAGAAUGCAUUUGCUCAGCCUGGUCAGGAGGCUCUGGACUGGUCUGCCGAACCCACUACGCAAGAUUGGUCUGCUGAACCCGUCGCGCCGGGCGGUGAAGACACUGGGGGAUGGUGAUGGACUGCAAUACAAGUCAUGCAUGGGAUAUGAUGUUUCAUC